UUGAGAAGCAUAUUCCUUGCAAUCUUACAUAUAAGUUAAGUGAGAAAAUCUAACACUAACACACUGCUAAAAUGAAAACAUGGUUUCUUUUCAUUAUUGUAACAACAUGCAUUGCAGCUCUGCUUAAGCCUUUUGUUUCAUUGAUCUUUACAAAAUCCAAAUCGAGAUUUCCUCCAGGGCCUCGAGGCUAUGGCAUCAUCACACAACUACAAUGGCUCGGUACAUCAUGUACAGGACUCGAGGCAGCACUUAGACGACUAACCCACAGGUUCGGGCCAAUCAUCAAUCUUCCUAUCAGUCGAUUUCCUGUCAUAUUCACUUCUAGUCGAUCUUUUGCUUACGAGGCAUUAGUUAAAAAUGGGGCGGUAUUUGCUGACCGUCCUAAGCCACUUCUUACUGAUAAGAUUAUGACUUGUAACCAACACAAUAUAAGCUCAGCGAGUUAUGGGCCUAAUUGGCGAUUAUUUAGGCGAAAUCUGACUGUUCAGAUCCUGCACCCUUCCAAGGCUAAGGAUUUUGGGCAUGCCCGAAAAUGGGCACUUGAUAUACUGACUGACAGUCUGAAAAAUUCAAGUGGUGCACAUCAUUCUGAUGUUGUGAUGGUGAUGGAUCAUCUUCGGUUUGCCAUGUUCAGCUUGCUCGUGUUCAUGUGUUUCGGGGAACAGUUGGAUGAGUGUCAGAUUAAAGAGAUCGAAGCAAUACAACACCAGUUAUUGGCAUCAUUUUAUCACUUUUUAAUACUCAAUGUGUGGCCAUCUUUGACUCGGGUUUUGCUUCGCAGUCGUUGGAAUGAGCUUCUUGACAUGAAGAAGAAACGAGCUGAGUUGUUGAUUCCGAAGAUUAGAUCAAGGAAGCACCUUCUGAAGGAGGGUAGAAUCUCUGGUGAUCAGAAGAACAGGUUGGAAAAAUGUUAUGUAGAUAGCUUAUUGGCAUUGGAGAUCCCAGAGGGUGACACCAAGAGAAAACUAAAUGAAGAGCAAAUAGUGAGUUUUUGUUCAGAAUUUCUGAAUGCAGGAACUGAUACAACCUCAACAGCCUUGCAAUGGAUCAUGGCAAAUCUUGUUAAGUACCCUAAUAUCCAAUCUAAGCUUUUCGAGGAAAUCAAACGCGUAAUUGGAGAAGAAGUCGAACAAGUUUGCGAAGAUGAAUUGUCGAAAAUGCCUUAUCUUAAGGCUAUAGUGUUAGAAGGGCUAAGAAGACACCCCCCAGGACACUUUGUUUUACCACAUAGUGUGACACAUGACACAGAGUUGGGUGGCUACAUUGUGCCUAAAGAUUCGAUCAUAAAUUUCAUGGUCGCGGAUAUGAAUAUGGAUCCUGAGAUUUGGGAGAACCCGACAGAAUUCAAACCCGAAAGAUUUUUAGAGUUAUCAGAAGACGAAAAUUGUGAAGAAUUUGAUCUUACAGGAAGUCGCGAAAUUAAGAUGAUGUCUUUUGGAGCGGGCAGGCGUAUAUGUCCGGGACUAGGCUUGGCCAUGCUACAUUUGGAGUAUUUUGUGGCUAAUUUGGUUUGGAACUUUGAAUGGAAAGAAGUAGAAGGCUAUGAGGUUGAUUUGUCUGAAAUCCAAGAAUUUACUGUUGUAAUGAAGAAUCCACUCCAUGCCCACAUUUCUCCUAGGCUAAAGCACAUAAACUGCCCUGUCUUUUAGUACUUCUAAUCCUCAUUCAUUAUUCUUUUUUAUUAGUAAAAAUAAAUGUUAACAAUAAUAUGACUUGGGGAGAAAUUUAUCAUUUGAAAAAUAAGGCUGCCAACUUAAUUAAACAUGUAUUACAAUACACAACAACAAGAAUCAUUGGAUUUUUUUAAAAAAAUAAAA